AAAGUAACAAUUUGUGAAUUUUGGAUCGUUCAUCCAAAAUCUUUACUCUCCUCAUUAUUCUUCUCAACAAAGAGAACAGAGGAGGGCCGAAAAUGGCGUUUGUUGCACUGAAUCAUCUCUCUUUAUCUUAUCCUGGUUAUGGUUUUCCGGCCAACACCUCACCUACCGCCAUUUCUCUCUACCUGUCUAGUCAAAACCGAUCUACUUCACCAUUCCUCUCCCGCCAUUUUUGGAAAACUCAAGUAUCGGGAAACCCAAAAUGGACAAUCCAUUGUUCUGCGAAUGCUAGCCUUACUUCUGAGGAGAAUGUAAUUGUGAAGGAAAAAAGUGUUUCUGUCAUUCUUCUGGCUGGAGGCAAGGGCAAGAGAAUGGGUGCGAGCAUGCCCAAGCAGUAUCUUCCACUUCUAGGCCAACCAAUUGCAUUGUAUAGUUUGUACACUUUUUCUCAAAUGGUAGAAGUUAAAGAAAUUGUUGUAGUUUGUGAUCCAUCUUACAAGGACAUUUUUGAAGACACUAGGGACAAGGUACCUGUAGACCUGACAUUUACCGUGCCCGGAAAGGAAAGACAAGACUCUGUCUACAGUGGACUUCAGGCUAUUGAUCCUACUGCUGAACUUGUGUGCAUCCAUGAUUCUGCUAGACCGUUGGUGUUGUCUCAAGAUGUUGAAAAGGUUCUUAAAGAUGGUUGGCUGCAUGGAGCUGCUGUUCUUGGUGUGCCAGCUAAAGCAACAAUUAAAGAGGCCAACACUGAGAGGUUUGUAGUGAAAACUUUAGACAGGAAAACGCUUUGGGAAAUGCAAACGCCUCAGGUCAUCAAGCCUGCUUUGCUUAAGGAAGGAUUUGACCUAGUAAAUAGAAAAGGACUAGAGGUGACUGAUGAUGUGUCUAUCGUGGAACAUUUGGGCCAUCCGGUGUAUAUUACAGAAGGUUCUUAUACCAACAUUAAGGUCACAACACCUGAUGAUUUACUAGUCGCGGAAAGAAUACUGAAUCCAUGUUCGAAAUCUUAGCUCAAUAUCAUCCUCGUCUUGGCUAGAUGUGCAAGUUUUGAGAGCUGCUUUUUGUUCACACAUUAAAUAGAGAGUAUUUUCAAUUUAUCAAAAUUGUAUGAAUUAUGAAUUUCCAUUUUUAUUCUGAAGAUUAUCAUUUUUGGAAAUGGUGGUGUGUUAUAUAGUAAUGCGCAUUUUCUAAU